AUGAAGACCACCAUCUUUUCACCUAAUCACGUUCCUGUGAGAUCUCUUUGCCAAGAAUUACCAGGCACAGCAACAGAGGGAUACUCUCCAAUAUACAGAAAUAAUCACUGCUUUUUAGAUGGCGGUGAAUUUAUUUCAACUUUCAGAUGUUGUCCACAUGUCGAAACAAUGCCCGAUCUGAUCAAAACAUCAGCUGGAAAAUGGCCAGAUGAGCCUGCUGUUGGUGAACGUGCUAAAAAUCCAGACGGCACAAUGGGUGAAUACAAAUGGCUCCCAUAUCGCGAUUUUUAUCAACAAGUUCUCGCUUUUGGCCGCGGUUUAUUAGAGAUGGGCCUCAAGAGAGGUGACCACAUUGGUAUUUAUUCAUCCAAUUCCAUCUGGUGGGAAACAAUUAAUUUUGGUGCCGGAUCUGUUGGUAUUUGCAUUGUUCCAAUUUACGAUUCAUUAGGUCCUACAGCAGCCGAGUUCAUUAUUGAGGAUGCUGGCUGCUCAGUUAUUUUUACAUCUGAAUAUAAACUUCCACAAUCCAUUGAAAUUUCCCACAAAACAGGAAUCGUCAAGAAGAUCGUUCAGAUGUCCGACAAGGUUCCAGGGCAGUCACUUCCAAAUGUCGAAUUUGACUCCUGCCAGCAUGUUUUGGAAAUGGGUCGCAAUUCUACACAAAAGAACGAAUUCUCACUCCCAGAUGACGAUGCCAUCAUCAUGUACACAAGUGGUUCAACAGGAACCCCAAAGGGUUGCCCACUUACACAGAAGAACAUCAUUGCUGGCGCUGCUUCAUUCGUUCAGCUUGGUGUUGGUGUUACUCCUGACGACUGCUACCUCUCCUUCCUUCCUCUCGCCCACAUUUACGCCGUUGUUUGCGAAUUGAUCGGUUUUGCUCAUGGUGCUCAUAUUGGCUAUACAAGAGGUGUUGUUAUAAUCUCGUAG